AUGGCGUCGGAGCUAGAGGCUAGCGGUUGGUUUGCCAACCAACACUACUAUUCCCUUGCUCAUUUAGAUCUCGCUCCACGCAACAUUCUAGUCGACCCUACAUCCAACAAAGCCAUCAUUUCCGCAAUCUUGGACUGGGACAGUGCGAUCCUUGCUCCCAUGUUCAUGUCAUGUGCUCCUCCGAUGUAG